AUGUCUAUCCAAUCCCAAUUGGAAUUUGGGGAUGUCACAGAAUCAGUCUCUCAUGCUAUCUGGUCCUGCAAUGCAACUCAAGAUGUGUGGUCUAUGAGUUCAAGAAGAAUUCAAAAGCUGUGUAUCCUUGAAGGUUCUUUCAAGGACAUCCUGAAGCCUAUCCUUACCCAGUUCCUUCCCUUGGAAAUCAGUGAAGUUGUUGUCAUGGCUAAAGCAAUUUGGCAUAGAAGAAACACCUGGCUCUUUGAGCAACAGUUCCAACCCCCUGCCCAAGUCUCUAAGCAGGCAAAGACCCAUAGGCCUCUAAGUACCAAAUGGAUUGGUCCCCCACCAAAUGUUUUCAAAGCCAAUUGGGAUGCAGUCAUUGAUAAAGGUAACUCAAAACUGGGUAUUGGAGUGGUCAUUAGGGACUCAGAUGGCCUCUUUGUUGUGACCCUUUGCUCAUCCAUGGACUUGGACACUGAUCCAUUACUAGGUGAAGCAGUAGUUGCUCGAAGAGCUACCUCCUUUUGUGCUGAACUGGGAUUGAAUGAUAUCAUCCUUGAAGGAGAUUCUCUUGCAAUGGUAAAGGCUGUCCAGCACAGAGAAGACAGUUGGAGCUCCAGUGGAAUUAUCAUUAGAGAUGUCAAGCUCAUGCUCUCCAAGACCUGCCACUGGUCAAUCCAUUAUGUUCCUAGGGAAGUCAAUGUAAUUGCUCAUCACUUGGCUAAGUUUGGUUUCACUUGCUUGAAAGACUGUAUUUUGAUUGAGGAUUACCCUCCUUGUAUUCAACAUUUGCUCUAA